CAGGUGCUCCACUGUUCAUUGUUGGAAUCUCAGUCGGCGUUUUCUAUGAGGAGUACGCACCGCCUGAUGGUUUUUGCUGGAUGACUCAAAAGAUGAUUCUCAUAAUCUUCGUGCCAACCGUCUCUAUCUUAAUCAUCCUGAACACCGCUGUGCUGGUGAUUGUGCUGAAGGUGAUGAUGACAUCGUUGACUGCUAGAGAGAAGAGCAAGGACAGCGACACCUCACAAAUCAAGACUGGACUGAAGGCUGCAAUGGUCCUCCUGCCCCUACUGGGUCUAACCUGGGUCUUUGGAUACCUCUCUGUCAGUGCAUACACCUUGGUCUUCACUUAUCUCUUUGCUAUCUGUAACUCUCUACAGGGACUGUUCUUCUUCAUUGCUCACUGCGUGAUGAAUAUUGAGGUGAAGAAGGCGUACGAGCGUCGCUACGGACGCAAGAGGGCUCUCCACUCCAUGGCGACCAGCUCCACAGCACCAAUGUCCAGCCGCUCCGGGAUAUCCUCAGCUACGUCCAAGUCUAUGCGCAAGCCGAGUAGCGACACCACUGAACUGACCAAACGCAACUCUACCACCACCGCAGUGACUGGAGUUGGUUGUGACAAUCCGGCUCUGGACGUCUCCCCAAGUAAAGACUCUAGCAAGACCAAGGACGGUACCAUGAAUAACACCUCUGAGGUCAUUGGGACUGAUUCUAAGAAGACUGCACCUGGUGCGGUCAAAGUGAAUGACAUUCAGUGCCUCGUCAAGAACAGCGAGAAAGUGAAUGACGAAGAGAAGGGGUUGGUAGAGGGCGCUAAGGUUGCCAUGACAACCAUCCUAUCAAAGGAUAUCAACAUCAAGAUGGACGGGAGUAACAUUGCGUAAAAGUUUAAAGGUCGCUUCAACGUCAGACUUAUUUUAGGAAGUGCUGGUUCUGUGAGAGCUGAACGAAAAAUCAGCAAGAAGUUGACGAGAAACCAAUAGCGCUUUGGAACAACUUUAUUUAAACUGUUAAGUGUGCUUUGACAUAAUUUAAUUUUAUUCAACUUUUUAUUGAUUUGAACGAGCGUGUUUGUGAUGAUUAGUGUUUUUAUUUUGAAACUGAAGGAGAGUUCUCAAAUUGAGUUUUGUUUAUUUUGUGGUUUAAUAAAAGAUGACUCCUUCUUUUCUAUUAAAUGUUCUCAUUAUUUUUUUUAAUUACUUUUUAAAGACUUGAAAUGUCUUUGUUACACUAUAAAUCUUUUCUGAGUCAAAGUUGGCUGUUUUUAAUUCUUCUUCAUUUUUCACUCUGAAUAGAGUAGCCAGUGGCCUUACUACGUCUCCGCGUUUCAAUAUGGACACUCUGGUUGUCUUUGUUUGAAGGUUAAAAGCAAUAUGUGAUUGAAAUGUUAAAGUUGUUGCAUAUAUUUUUUUCUUCUUCAGUUUUUGGUUCCACCGCAUGCCUGCUGUAGAGUGUACAGAAGGUUUAUGCAUUAUUUAUUUUGGGGUUUAAAUUUGUAAUUGCUUAAAUAAUUGAAAGUGUUAGCAGUAUGUGGUGACAAUGUUUAGAAAAUUGUACAAAAAAGAUAUAGUUUAUAUUGAAAGUGUAAAUUAAAAGAACUAUUUUGUGUGUAAAAUACCUUAUUAAAAUAAUAUGGAAAACAAGAUGAGUUAAAAAAGUAGUACACUAUAUAUAAGAUGACAAUGCAAAGUUUGCCAGAUACAUUUGUCUUCAAAGUUUGACUUUGAAAUUUUAAAAAGUAAAUUAUUAAAAUUAUCCAGCCUUACUGCAAAUAAGCAAAUCAUGCUGUAGAAUAAGGACAGAUAGUCUCUCCAUGUGAAAGUAAAACAAUAUUUAGAGUAAUUGAAGUUUGUAGUAAAAUCUCCUUUACAUGGAUGUUUAGUUCUGAAAAGCCUCAAUUUUAAAGUGAUGCUGUAUUGUUCUUGAAACAAAAUAUAACUGCUAAUGAUUUCACUAAGCUACCAGACAUUCCUAUUUAUUUAGAUUGUGCAAGUCUCACUCACAUCAGAAACAAGAAAACAAUUAAGAUAAAAACUUCUGCGUUUUUUAAUGUCACUUGGGCAAUUUCUUAAUUUUUCUCAAGCGACUAUAAAACAGCGGUCAAAUCUUAUUCUAAUUUUUAUUUUAUUUUUGUGUUCUUUAAAUUAAAUUAAUGUUUCUAUGGAUAAACUUUACUUGCCCUAUAGUAUGAUAUACAUUUUUUUUUUUUUUUAAAGCUUUAUUUAUUUCUUAAAAGUAUUUGAAGUAACAGAAUUGUGCACAUCUAAAACUCAAUAUGUUUGGGACCAACUUGGUCCCAAGAAGUCCAAAUACUCACAACACUUGCACAGUCUAUUGCCUUAAAUAUUGAGCUUAAAAAAAACCUAGCACAUUGAUUAGAAGUGAAUCCAAAUGCUGUAUUUGUUUCUAUAUAAUCGAGUGUUGUUGGCAGUUACUAAAAUGUGCCUUGAAAAAAUAUGUUAAGAUGUAGUUUUGCAGUUUUAGUUGAAAUGUAGCUGGUUUUGCGAGACGUAAGUUUUAACAGAAAUAUUUACUUCUUAAAUUGCAA